AUGGGGUUGAGAGGGAUGCUGGCCCAGGCCGUGGCGGGGAAGCCGCCUCAGAGCGGGAGCUCCGCGAAGCGCCGUCCGCCGAGGAAGUGUGUCCCUGCCGCCGCGCCGUCCGUAUCCAUGGCAACGGCCGCGCCCGGCGCCAUGGCGGCCGCCGGCAGCCCCAGCGUUUUCCUGCUGGCGGUCAACGGGCAGAUCGAGAGCGGGCAGUUCCCCGGAUUUGACGACCUCUACUGCAAGUUCUGCUUCGUCUACGGCCAAGACUGGGUUCCCACAGCGGGCCUGGAGGAGGGCAUCUCCCAGAUCACCUCCAAGAGCGACGUCGCACCCACCACGCUUGUCUGGAACUUCCCCAUCGACAUUACCUUCAAGAGCACCAAUCCAUCCGGCUGGCCGCAGAUUGUAGUGAGCGUCUACGGACCUGACUUUUUUGGAAACGAUGUGGUCAGAGGUUAUGGAGCCGUUCAUGUCCCCUUCACACCCGGAAGGCAUACAAGAACCAUCGCUAUGUUUGUUCCAGAGUCGACAUCUAGGCUGCAGAAGUUUACAAGUUGGUUCACAGGGAGACGUCCGGAAUUUACUGACCCCAAAGUGGUAGCACAGGGAGAAGGAAGAGAAGUAACGAGGGUGCGAUCUCAAGGCUUUGUGACCAUUUCCUUCAACAUAGUGACCAAAGAUAUGAAGAAGUUGGGCUAUGACGUGAGGCCGAGUGACAUGCAGAACCCUUCCCUGGUGCCUGUUACGGAAGGGAUUCAUAAGUAUUGAACUCGGGCGUGAGGCGUUCAAAGGCUCACAGAGACGUUAAGCACUUUGGGGCUUUUUGUGGCGAAAGGAAAUGAGUAUCUGACUAAACUGAGAAAAUGUCACUUGAGACAGUUGUUCCAAAAGAAACACAAGGCUUUGGAAUAAUUACCUAAGUAUAAUCCUUUCAGUAAGCGUACAGGUUGAAGUAUUAUGUAAAUUAAUGUCAUCAGAUAAUAUUUAGUAUUUUAAUGAGUAAUAUCAGACUAUCUCAAAAUAAGACCCGUAACAAAAUAUUUUUUAUAACAGCCUUUUGUACACUCUUUAUAUACUUAAAGAAUAGGAAAGUUUAUAGUUGGAGCAGUUUUCCUGUGUUUAAAACAUCAUUGCAAACCCAGUUCUUUUUACUAAUGUCUUUUGUGGUAGAAAUGGGAAAUUGAAAUUAUUGCACCUUACAAAAAGGAGGGAAUAUGGAAACGUUCCAGUGAAAUGCACGUGCACUUCUCUGCGCCGUGCGCUUCCCUCUGCAAAAGCAACAGCAGUUUUCUUUAUAAUCCCACGUAGUCCUUUAGAGUUUGUGCAACUAAUUAGAACAGCUCGUGCACUGUAGAAACAGACCCUUCCACAUUUUUUCCGUGAAGCAACCUGGGCUUUUGCAUUUAGAACAAGAUGAUGACUCUUCCAUUUCCAGAUUUUAUUUCUGCAUCAAGCUUCAGGAAGAGAAAAAA